CGCGCGAGAGGGAGCGAGAGGGAGUGUGUGUGUGUGCUCUGCUGUUGCUGCCCUUUGAUCCCUGCAUUAGUGUUAGUUAGGGGCUCAGAGACACACUUACACAGAGAGCAGCCAUAGCCAAGACACGGCAACAACAACAGCACCUCCUCCACUGUUCCCUAUUCCCGACAAUACUUUUAAAACGAAGACAGCCAGGUGCACGAUAAGUCCCUGCCACCAAUCUCUCGAGAAAUAAAAUCAAUGGAAAAAGAUUUUUUUUCUUCUCACCCCUAAAAAGAAGGAGAAUGUGAUAAAACGGGGGAAAAUGCCAAGGAGGAAGCAGGAGCAACCCAAGCGCCUGCCUUCACAUGCGGACUCUGUCUCAGAGGGGGUGCCUGAGGGUGGUGCAACUGAAGAUGAUGGCUGGUUUGGGAAUGCCUCAAAUACACCUUCAGACUCGUCCUAUGGUGACGCAAGGCCGGAAGAGCUGCAUGCCUCCCCUGAUGCAGGUAGUGGUCCAGGACAGCCUGAGGUGACAGACACGCCAGCCUCUGAUGGUUCACUGGGUUGCCCCACACCUAUUCAGCGUGCCUCUUUGGAACUACUAGGGCUAGAUGGGAUGGUACUAAAUGCCCAGGACACUCUAUCCUCCAUGGUGACCUCACUCUAUGGGGACUCCGCUACCCAUACAUUGGGAAAACCCCUUAGCAGCAACUUGCGACGCCUCCUGGAGUCGGGCUCUCUGAAGCUGGAAGAAGGAGGGCUGUUAGGACCUACAGGAGGGGGAGGAGCAGUGAGAGGAGCCACAGACUCCCCUCCUGUUGGCCUCGCUCUGUCUCCGUCAUCCCACCAUGCCCAACAGCUUAGUGCCCUCGCACGUCGCCUGGCAAACAGCAGUGGUAACAGCGCAAACUCAGCAUCUGCCUCUGCCUCACCUGUGCCUGUCACCAUCAAACAGGAGUCCAGCAGUGAUCCCUUCAUCCCCAGCAAUGGUACCAGUGGCAGCUCCGUGACAACAAAUAGUGGCUUUGUCUGGGUUGGAGUGGCGGACAAAUGGCCGCCUCCCUCCAGUUGCUCAGGAGCUAGUGGAAGCAGUUUAUCUCCUGAUUCUGCUAUCCAAAAGCUAAAGGCAGCGGCCAAUGCAGUAUUGCAAGACAAAAGUGCUGCUGUGGCCUCUGUGUCCUCCUUGUCCUCUUCCUCCUCCUCAUCUUCAUCGUCUUCGUCCUCCUCAUCAGUGACCUCGUCGACCUCGAUGCCAGCACUGGGGCCUCGUGGCUCCGAUGAUGUGGUCCGCUUUGAUGCCUUCACCUCACCAUUUAGCUCACAGUCAGCCAGCUCCACACUGGCUGCGCUGUCCAAGAAGGUGUCAGAGCGCAGCCAACAGCAACAGCAGCAGCAACCGAGCAGUACAGCAGUGGAGCACCAGAGUCCUGCCAGCUCCUUUCUCUCUCUGGUCUCCAUGACCUCAUCUGCUGCUUUGCUGAAGGAGGUGGCAGCACGAGCAGCAGGUAAUCUACUGGCUGACAAGAAGGACACUCCGGAUCCAGACUCUUCUGAUGAUGUGAAGCCUUUAAUCGACAGAAACCAGAAAACCCCCACAUCUACUCAGAGCAUGGACCUGCUGCUUCCCCCCACUCCAAAAGGCAGAAUCAAGUCUGGCAGUCAAGCAGGUUCCCCAGAGGAGGGAGGAAAGCCAUUUCAGUGUCCUGUGUGUGGCUUGGUCAUCAAACGCAAGAGCUACUGGAAGAGACACAUGGUGAUCCAUACUGGCUUAAAAAGCCACCAAUGCCCCCUUUGUCCUUUCCGCUGUGCUCGCAAAGACAAUCUCAAGUCCCACAUGAAGGUGCACCAACAUCAAGACCGUGGUGAGACUUUUCAGUGCGAUCUCUGUCCGUUCACCUCCUCCCGUCAUUUCAGUCUGAAGCUUCACAUGCGCUGCCACCAACACUUUCCACGGCAGGACCUCAAGGUCAAAGAAGAGUCAGUGACUGAUAAUGAGGAAGGCGAAGGCUCGUUGUUGGGAGAGGCUGGAGGUUCUGGUGAUAUUGUAAUGACUGCAAAUGUUGAGCCGUCCCCCUCGCCUCUACUCCAGGUGGACAGCCAUCUCCGGGUAUCUCCCAGUGAGGGCUCCAACCACAUUGACAUCAAAGAGGAGCCACUGGAGCGUGAUGUGUCAGUGCUGUCUCCGUUUAGCCUGUGCCGGGAACGUGCAGCCAGCAGCACCAGUUCAUUGGAACUCCCUCCCCUGAAGGCCAGCCCAGGCGGCCCCACAGCUGCCUCCCUCUUCAGCCCUGACAUCACCACUAAAACGGCUACCGACUUGCUUAUGAAGCUUUCAGCGGCAAACCAGAAGGAGUGUCUUAAGGGCGGGCACUGUGUGAAGGAGGAUCCAGGCCCGGAACCCUCCCAGAGCCCUCGAGCCCCUGGCUUCCCUUUUUGCCCAGAAGGUGCCGUGGGGGGGAACGCCAGGGAGGAGGGCAGCCCCAUGCUGACCAAGAGCAGCAGUCUGCUGAGUCAGGACAUCAGUGUCAAAGUGGCCUCGGAGCUCCUCAUGAAGUUAUCAGAGAACAACAAGGAGGCAUGUUCCCAAAAGGUGUCCGUCAAGGUAGAACCUAUGGAAGUAGAUCCACCCUGUGAUCCAGCGCCCCUCCCGUCUCACUUGGGGUUCAGCACUUUAGGAACAUGUGAGAAAAGUGAAGCGGUGGCAACUCUCCCAGAGACAUCGCCUCACCCUCCGAAGGAUCUUUUCUCCCAGGACAUAUCUGUCAAGAUGGCUUCUGAGCUCCUCUUCAAAUUGUCAGAAAAGGUCAGCAAAGCCAACAGUAGCAAGAGCAGUACCACAACAACUAUCAACAGCCCCUUUCUGGAUGACCACUUCAGACAAUCACCCUACAAUACUUGCUCGAAGAGCUCAUCGCCUGCUGGGGCCAGCUGUUCAGCACAGGCCCAAAUAGACUCUGAGAAAGGGAGUGAAGAGCCAGAGAAUGGUUUGGCUCAAUGGAGGUUAAACGAACAACUCUACCCAUGCCCAGUGUGUGGAAAAGUGUUUGGUCGCCAGCAAACUCUUUCCAGACACCUGUCUUUGCAUACAGCAGAUGAGAGGAAAUACAAGUGCCACUUGUGUCCGUACGCCGCAAAGUGUCGUGCCAACCUCAACCAGCAUCUGACUAUUCACUCGGUCAAGCUGGUGAGCACGGACACUGAACAUCUUGUUGAUUCAGUGACCGGGGAAAGCAAUGACCGCAAAAACUGCUCUUUCUAUUACAGCUGCCACGUAUGUGGUUUUCAAACAGAGCUGAAUGCCCAGUUUGUAAGCCACAUGUCCCUGCAUGUAGACAAGGAGCAGUGGAUGUUCUCAUUGUGCUGCAGCUCCUGUGACUAUGUCUCUGUCGAUGAGACUGACAUCAAAUCACAUGUAACUGCGGAACACUCGGGUCUACCUCGUAGUCCCCUUAGUGAGACCAAGAGCACGUCGUCCUCUCUGUCCGCCCUCAGUGACUCUCUGAACAGCUCUGAGGGUGGGGAUGCAAUCCCCAGCAGUGAGGAGCUCAAGAGUCUUCUUGCCCCACCCUCCACUCAAUCAAGCUCUGGCUCAGGGUCAGAUGAGAAAUCUGAGAAAGGCUUUGAAUGUGUGUUUUGUAACUUUGUGUGUAAGACACGGGCUAUGUAUGAGCGCCACCUUCAGAUCCACUUGAUCACCCGCAUGUUCGAAUGCGACAUCUGCCACAAGUUCAUGAAGACACCUCAACAGCUUCUGGAGCACAAGAAGUGCCACACGGUGCCCACAGGAGGACUCAAGUGCCCAUUCUGUGUGUACUCCACCAGCAGGCCGGCAGCCCUCGAGUGCCAUCUGAAGACACACUGCAAGCUGGAGUACCGCUGCCGCAUCUGCCAAUCCGUGUGGGCAGACCAGGCUGAGCUGGAGGGGCAUGCACGUGCCCACAGGCUGGGCAAUCACUACCGCUGCGAGCAGUGUGGUUACCUCUCCAAGACGGCCAACAAGCUAAUCGAGCAUGUGCGUGUGCACACAGGCGAACGCCCCUUCCGCUGUGACCGUUGCAGCUACAGCUGCAAGCGUAAAGACAACCUCAAUCUGCACAAGCGCCUGAAGCACGCCCCGCGCCAGAGCUACAGCUGCAGCCUCUGCCCCUUCAACACCACGCACCCCUUUGUCUUCAGCCGACACGUCAAGAAACACCAGGGUGGAGGGGAAGGGAGUCCAGAGGAAGGCGACGCCCAGCAAGGCAGCUCUUAUCUGGGGCUGGGCAGCGGGAAGGACGCCCUACUGCUCCUGGAGGAGGAGGCGGGCUUGGGCGGGAGCAGCAGUGUGAGUGGCGGCAGCAAUAGUAGUAGCCCCCUCAUGAGCCUUUCUGCCUCGCAUGCCCUCCAGUCCGUGGCGUUGUCCAUCAGGUGUAAGCAGCAGCAGCGGCAGGGUGGUUCGCCUCUUCAGCACUACCUCUCCACUAACGGCUUGGCAGCACCGACAUCCUCAACUCCAAGGCUCCCGGUGCUGGCGCCUCCGUGGGCGCCACGAGUUGUCUCACUGGUAUCUAGCUAUUAUGAGCAGUACAGGAACUGUGAGCUUGCUCACCUUAUCCCACUCACUACACUCUACACCAUGCGCCACUUUUUGCCUCACGAAUCGCUCUCUGGCUCCUCCUUCUCUACCCUCCCCUCUCCAUGCCAUGCCAAACAAGGGCACAGCUCUUCUCUUCACUCUCCCACUUCUCUCAAGCACUCCUUCCUGGCCUAUCUGGGACUGACAGAAUGUGCUAAAACAGUCUGAUCUCUUGUCAUUCUUUCUCUUCUCCCCCCCACCCGUCAUGUUCUUCUGCUUCCUCCAAUUCUCUCAGCUAUUAGUCAAAACAGGCAUCUGCUCCUCCAACAAAGUGGUUUCUUUCCAAUCAAGGGCAGCACAUCUAAUGUUGGCCAGAAUGCUAGAUACAGCAGAGACAAUGAACCAUAUAUGAAAAAGAGAAGGAAAAAGGCUACAUGUACAUGAAUUCAUUUAUAUAACGCUGCUUUAUCCUCUUGCUUCUAUCAAUGCAGUUAUUGUUCCUUUUUUCAGUCACCAGGGAAAAAAAACUCCUUAGUAUGGCUUUUCUUCUUGACUGGAAUGAAAAAAAAGAGAAUCUGUAAUGCUA